AUGUCUUCAUCACCGUACGACCAGCUCACCGAAAGCGAAGCUGCAAUCACUCUAUCCCUCCAACAAUGGGCACCUCAACAUCUCCCCACGUUUGCUUUACUGGGAGCAUACUACCUUGAAUUAUACGACAAGCCUGAAAGAUCGAUUCACUAUACACUCCUACUCGACGUGAAAUACGUACCGACAAAUCCCGCACCACGAUGCUUCCAAAUCUGCGGUAUCGGGGAGGUAAAGCAAGAGGAUGAAGCCAAGUCGCUUGGGUGGACGGAGCUGGAGUCGGUUAAAGCUAAAGCGGAACGGAGAGCGAGGGGGUUGAUGGGGUUACCGGUUGUGGUACAUAUUAGGGAUAGGGGUGUGAAGUGGGUUUGUCCAGUGGAACUUGAUGCGAAGUUGUUGCUUGGUAUCGGGCGACCAGGGACGGAUAUUAAUCAGGCAUGUCAAGGGUUGGUGAAGGUGGUGAAUGACGGGAAGAGUAUCUUCGAGUUGGCGGUUCCGAACGGUUCAGCGGCAGGUGCGGCACCAGGAAGCAACGAGUCAUCUACGGAGAGCAAAUCGAAGUGA